GGCGCAGCGGCGCGCAUGCGCGGGAGAGGGGCGGAACUGUCCGGCAGCGCGGUUUGUCCGCUGCUUGUUUCCAGCAGCAUGGCGGCGUCGACAGCAACCACAAAGGUGCCAGAGGUUCGAGAUGUCACUCGAAUGGAGAGGAUCGGAGCUCACUCUCAUAUCAGAGGGCUGGGUCUGGAUGAUGCUCUGGAGCCGAGACAGGUCUCCCAGGGCAUGGUGGGGCAGCUGGCAGCGAGGCGGGCGGCUGGAGUGAUCCUGGAGAUGAUCAAAGAGGGAAAAAUCUCAGGAAGAGCCGUGCUGAUAGCAGGACAGCCAGGAACCGGGAAAACAGCCAUCGCCAUGGGAAUGGCUCAGGCUCUGGGUUUGGACACUCCCUUCACUGCGAUGGCUGGCAGCGAAAUCUUCAGUCUGGAGAUGAGCAAGACUGAGGCUCUGACACAGGCCUUCCGACGAAGCAUCGGAGUCCGAAUCAAGGAGGAGACAGAGAUUAUCGAGGGGGAGGUGGUGGAGAUUCAGAUCGACAGGCCGGCUACAGGAACGGGUUCGAAGGUUGGGAAGCUGACUCUGAAAACCACGGAGAUGGAGACGAUCUAUGACCUCGGAACCAAAAUGAUAGAAUCCCUGAGCAAAGAGAAAGUGCAGGCUGGAGAUGUGAUCACGAUUGAUAAAGCCACGGGGAAGAUCAGCAAGCUGGGCCGGUCGUUCACCAGAGCGAGAGACUACGAUGCCAUGGGAGCGCAGAUGAAGUUUGUUCAGUGUCCGGACGGGGAGCUCCAGAAGAGGAAGGAGGUUGUUCACACAGUGACCCUGCAUGAGAUCGACGUGAUUAAUAGCAGAACACAGGGCUUCCUCGCCCUCUUCUCGGGAGACACGGGGGAGAUCAAGUCGGAGGUUCGAGAGCAAAUCAACGCCAAGGUGGCGGAGUGGAGAGAGGAGGGGAAAGCAGAGAUCAUACCAGGGGUCCUCUUUAUCGAUGAGGUUCAUAUGCUGGAUAUCGAGUGCUUCUCCUUCCUGAAUCGAGCUCUGGAGAGUGACACGGCUCCUGUACUGAUCAUGGCAACAAACAGAGGAAUCACCCGAAUUCGUGGCACCAACUACCAGUCCCCCCACGGGAUCCCAAUAGACCUGCUGGACCGACUGCUGAUCAUCUCGACGACACCCUACAACGAGAAAGAGACCAAACAGAUUCUCAAGAUCCGUUGUGAAGAGGAGGAUGUAGAGAUGAAUGAUGAUGCUUACACAGUUCUCACUCGUAUUGGUCUUGAGACGUCUCUGAGAUACUCCAUCCAGCUCAUCACUGCUGCCAGCCUGGUGUGCAGGAAGCGCAAGGGCUCAGAGGUGCAGGUUGAUGAUAUCAAGCGUGUUUACUCUCUGUUCCUGGAUGAGUGUCGAUCCACUCAGUACAUGAAGGAGUAUCACGAUGCAUUCAUGUUCAAUGAGAUCAAAGGCUCUCAGAUGGACACUUCGUAAGAUGGCUGAGACAGAAACAGGAACCAUUGGACUUCUCUAGCGCUUAUUGAAGAUUAACAAGCUUCACAUAUCUGUCCUCUAUUCACAGUGCAUCUUCCCUCUGCAUGCUGUGUGCAAUACAUAGCUAUCUCUAUUCACAGUGCACCUUCCCUCUGCAUGCUGUGUGCAAUACAUAGCUAUCUCUAUUCACAGUGCAUCUUCCCUCUGCAUGCUGUGUGCAAUACAUAGCUAUCUCUAUUCACAGUGCACCUUCCCUCUGCAUGCUGUGUGCAAUACAUAGCUAUCUCUAUUCACAGUGCAUCUUCCCUCUGCAUGCUGUGUGCAAUACAUAGCUAUCUCUAUUCACAGUGCAUCUUCCCUCUGCAUUGUGAGCGCUUCUCAUUCUAUUAUUGCAGCUCCUCAGGCACUGUUUCAUUUAUUCUGUGUGUGUUCAGGAGCUGCUCUUCAGUUCCAGCUGCGUGGCCGUGGCGUUGCAGACCGCAUUGGCUCUGCUGGAUCGCUCCACUGAUCACAGCCAGUGUGUGAGUGACUGCAGUAAUAGAGAGAGUUCGGGCUGCAUUGCAACGCUCACCUCUGCUCCCAGGAAUGGCUCUGUGUGUGUGAAUGUUUCAACGGGACAGGAAAUCUUCUCCAGUACUGAGAGGAGAGAAGCGAAAGGGUUCUGUUAUCUCAUUCUUUCAUUUUGUUAAAAAAAAAGAAAUUGUGUUUUUGUAAAAUAAAACAGCUAAAAAAAAAAAUAAAAUCU